GUUUGUGUAUUAAGUGAACACACCCUGCGCCAGUCAAUCAUGGGGCCGCACCACGUAAGCAAAUCGGGCUUCUUUGACGCUUUCAGGAGCGAAGGCUUCCCGACGAUUUACGGCGAAAACAAGACUCCCGCCGAAGUCGACGUUCUCGAAGCCGGCUUCAUCUGCGCCUUUGUCAUUCUCGCCAUCUCCUUCAUCAUCAUCGUCGCGGCCGCUAAUGGAAAUCGGAGAUUCAAUGUAAGUGUCAGGAUUGCCAUUUGUCUGGUCGUAGGAGGAAUACUAACGACCUUGAAUUUUGGCUACCGAUGGGAGGUUGGGAGCAUUCGCUCGAACAUGGCCUACAAAGCAGGAUCCGCAGUCGAAUUGCACAAUGCUGAGAUUGCCGUGCACUUCGGUCUUAGGGGUGUCAACAUCACGCUCAAAGCCGAAGGAGAUCAAAAGCCACCCGAAUUAAAACACGAAAUCGUGAACUACAACGAGGAGUUCAGCUGGACCUGGGACCAAGGACGCUUCGGAUUUGGUCCUUACGCUGGACGGCUGCAGCGGACGUUCCGCCAGGGCCAGCGCACGGGUCUCCCCUUGCCGAUACUGUGGGUGGCCGACUAUUUGACCCUGGAUGGUGAGGGCUACAGGUUCGGCAGAUUUUACAGGACUGCUGGCUGGUACGCACACAUCGCUAUGUGGACGGCGUUCCCUUGCUGGCUGUUGUCCGUGAUCUUGCUGCACUCGUCUGUGCGCUACGGCUCCGGCUUUCUGGUGCUCACCGGCUUCUUCCAAAUCUUCGCAUGCAUUCUGUGGGUCUCGAUUCGCAAUCCUAAUCCACUGGUUAUUCCCUUUGAAAAUGCAACGCUCACGACCAAACUCGGCUCUGACUUCUACCUGGUUGCAAUCAACGGCUUCUUUUGCCUGAUUUUGGGAACAGUGAUUUGGGUAAUUGACCAAAUUUAUCCUGAGCCGACUGCCAUUUUCUUCGGAAUAGACCCUCUGACUGACACCGUGGAAGUUCAUCAGAACGUUGAGAAACCUAAAGAUGGUGGAGAGGGAGUUUCCAAAGGCGGGCAACAGCAGUCCCACUCACUCCUGCCAGAAACGGUGGUGCAACUUAAGAAAAGGAAAACAACGAUCAGGAGGGUGCAAAAGGCCGCCGAAACAGCACUCGGCCGCAUCCGCCGACCUGUCCCUGUGCCCAGAGUGACUGUUGAGUACGACGAAAUGGAAGAGCCUGAUUAUUCUAACCAGCUCGAAAUCAACUUUGACACCCAAAAUGAGAACGCAUCCUACCAACAAAAUCAAUCAUGAAAAUGUGUAUAUUAAAAAUAAUACUUUAUACUUCUUUGUGUGCACCACUGAUCAGUUUAGUAUUUGGUAAAAUCAAGAAAUUCGUAAACUAAAUAAUUACUCCGUAUUGUUGGCUGGUAUUGCAGCCAGUUUUGUUUUUCCAUAAAAUAGGGCUCUACUGUGAAGCCGAAACUUAUUGGAAUAAAAGAAGAAACUUGUUGUUGUAUGCGAAUAAAUAUUUUCAUUUAAGAGCAUGUUAAAUUGAAAAUUUUGAUUGAAAAUAAAAUUUUAAAACUGCA